UGAGCCUCCCCCACCCCCUCUGCACCGCGUCACGCGAGCCAGUACCUGCCCUUUCUGCUCCUCCUGCGGUACAAAAGCUCUACGCAUGCGAACUGACUUUCCCUCUUUGUUGUAAGCACGACAGAAGAAGUAGCCCAUCAUGGCGGAUGAUGAUUUCACCUCUGGGGACUCUGGGGCCUCCACAACAUAUCCCGUACAGUGCUCUGCACUGAGGAAGAAUGGCUAUGUCAUGUUGAAAGGGCGUCCCUGUAAGAUCGUUGACAUGACUACCUCCAAGACUGGCAAGCAUGGGCAUGCCAAGGUUCACCUUACUGGACUUGACAUCUUUACUCAGAAGAAGUUAGAAGAUAUCUGCCCAUCUACCCAUAACAUGGAUGUCCCAAAUGUAACAAGGAAAGACUACCAGGUUAUAGGUGUCUCAGAUGGCUUCAUGUCCCUGUUGGAUGACACUGGAGUAACCAGAGAGGACCUUAAAGUGCCAGAUGGUGACAUGGGCAAAGAAAUUGAGAAGAAGUUUAAUAAUGGAGAUGAGUUUUUGGUCUCUGUGAUGAAAGCUUUGGAUGAAGAGCAUGUAAUUGGCACCAAGGUCUUGACUUAAUAUGUCAAGGACAAUGCUGGCUUUGAAGCCUCACCAAAGCUACUGGCCUUCACCCCACAUCUCUACCAGUUUCCCCACUGGUCAACUAAAACCAGGACCUGGACUGGGUCAGCUUCUUCAACCGUACCUUGGGCUCAGGGCUGACUGGCAUUCUCUUCAAUCAAUGAAGUUAUCCACCCUUAGCCAUCACAGCUUAACUUUGCAAUGGGUACUGAUAUCAUUCCAGGAAUUCCAAACAAUAUUCCAGCAGUUUAGAACAUUCUAGCAUGUGAUGUUUUUUUUUUUUUUUUUCUGUAUGCAUUACUUUUUAAAUCACCCCUAUUGUUGUCCACCCCCCCCAAUGAAAUAUGGAGCUUUGAGUUGACUGUAAACAUGGUUUGUUUUUUUUUGUUUUUUUAAGGUUUGUUUGGUCAGUUGAGAUGCUGCACCUUACCUUCAUCUUAAAUUCUUCCCUAAAAUGAUUUUAUCAGCACUGACUUGACACCUAAAGCAAGCUCAGCUCUACUUGGUACACCGUUCAGAAAACCUGAAAAUAUAUACAUAACUUCAUUGAUGGCUGGAAUAUGCCUUUCUGCCUUUGACAAAACCUAUAUGCAUUCACAUGCACGCUUAUAAUUGACAAUUGACUUGUAUAAACAUGCCAUAGCAGCUAUGAAUUUAUGUAAACAGCAACAUUUUAUUCACUCUGCAUUUCAGCUGCAGCUCUUGAGACAAAAUUUCUACUGCAUCUGGCUCGGUCUCAAUAAGAUCAGCCUUUUGUAGCAGGGAGCUCUGCUGUCUCAGCUGUUCUGAAGCCGAAACAGGCCUGGACAUGGGUAGCCGGGUGGGGCUAUUUUCUCUAUGCUAUGAAACUUUUUCCUUUCACCUGAGGCCUUUUUAUGAGCUGACAAAUGUAUAGAAAAUUAUUUUGAAACACAACACUGAAAACCUUACUAUUAUAGUCUUAAAACAAUUGUAUCUUAAACAACAGCAAAUGUUGCAGCAUCACAAUGAAAACACAAAGAUAAUUACAACUUUAUGGUGCGCUAUAGUGGAAACAAACUAUUUUUCAUCUUAUAAGAUGUAGCCAAAUCUAGGUGGUAGUUCCGCUAUGGGUUAUCAAAGUUUUAUGUUGGGAGACAUUGAUGCCCAAGAACAGAAAAGAUGUUAUUGAGCUAUAUUUUGGGUUGGGGGAAGUUAGUUGUAGGGGGGGAAUUGGGGGUUGGUAGGUAUGCAGUUUAGAUGGAUUUUUAAGGGUUUUGUGCAGUACACUCAAGACGGAUUGUAGCUCGCACGGAUUUUUACAAAAUUAUUUUGAAUGGUUGUUACUCUACGUUUACAUCCAUACAAAAAACUGUAGGGUAACUGCAGGAAAUCAGAAUGUGUUUACAUGCACUUCAUUAAUGUGGUUGCUAUAGAAUCUGCAUUUACAUGCAGUAGUCAGUUUUCUCCCCUACCUCCUACCAUAAAAUUUAAACUAUUAUACUAAGUGUAUUAGCAAUAUAUUUGAAGCGCUGCAGACAGUUUUAUUUUAUUUUUUUUGCUCCUCGCAUUUUCUGGUCUCAGCAUUUGGCUUGCAGUGAGGAGGACAGACUAGUUGAAGAAGCCAGUCUUUCAAGAGUGCAUGUGUUAAGACAUUUACAAAUAAUCUGCUGUUCAGCUGUCGAAAUGACUUAUUUUGACUAGUUUGUUUAGUCUAACUGGAUUUCGGCUUCAAGGGUGCACUAUUUUGAGUUAUAUCUUCCCACCUUCUGCAUCGUUGUCACAGCAAUACUUUUCCUAUUUCGAGUUUUGUUAUGAACUUGUACUCUUGUUUAAAAACUUAGAAGAUCAAUCCCUUACACUGGGUAAUGGGAAUUGUUUACAUGACUUUUAUGAAGUUAGAUUACUGCCAGAAGUUGACAAUAAUCAGAAUACUGAACUGCGUGUAACACACUGAUUGUAAUAUUGAUUUAUAGAAGGUAUUCUGUCCAGCUUUCAAGUUGUCCUUUGUACAACGGCAGCCGGUCUGUUAUUUUUGUUCUAACUUCAGUCCACCAAAAGUAUUUUUACUUAAGUCAAGACACCAAAGUAAUCCACUGAAUGUCUGAAUAUUUUCAGUCAUCCAGGUCAUAGUUAUUCAAGGAAGGUUAAAUCAAGGGUGACUGGACUUUGGUGAAUCCUUAUCCAAGAGGCUGUCUUAAAGUAUCUUCAACCAAGUCCAGUUGCCAUUGUUGUACACUUCCUUGGAUAAUCCACUGAAUGUUUUCUAUUGUGUAUUAAGUUCUACAUGAAUUUUGCUUCAUCAUUCUGUUCUUGUUGAGUAUGAGCUGUUUCCCUGAAUAAUAUGUUAGGAGCUGUGGCAUUACAACAGUGGCUUUCUUUGCCAUCUAGAUUUUUACGUAAUGGUACAUUACGUAUCAGCACAACCGCACUCUGGAUUGCAAGGACAAAAGGUGGAAGACCCUUGACUAUACUCAAUGUACAAAUGGUGGUAUAUUUCAUAUUGAGUAUUCAUUUCUUUAAGGAAGGGGGGGAAAAGCAUUUCACUUGCGGAUGAACUCACUAAGGCAGCAGUAUAGUAGAAACUUGCACUGCAUUGACCUUGCGCUGUUGGACUGACGUUCUAUGGCAAAUGGGGGCACAUGCAAGACAACUUAAAGUCCCUGCUUGCCUUCAUAAGCACAUAAAUCUUCUCACAACUUCAGCCUGCAGUGCCUCAGCCUGAUUUUUGUUUUUAAACUUUUUCGGGGAUUGAGUCCAAGAGCAUGUGUAAAACCUCUCAUAUGCAAAUUGCAGGACAUUGUUUUGGGCUAGUAAACAAAGCUAUACAAAAGUUAAAGUAGUGUGACCAGUGAGCGCACACACACACACACACACGCUGUGGCAUUGUGCUGUCUUUUUACUUUUGGUUGCAAGCAUGCCAUUGUGACUGUGAAAACCAGAUUUUGUUUCUAGUAUACUGCUUCCUUAAAUACAGUACAUGGCUAACUAUACAAAAAAUGUCUUAACUCCUAAUAUCCAAUCAGUAGUGCAGAUUAAUAGUUAUGAUACAAGGCUUCUAUCCUAAGCUAUUUCCCUUUCAUCUCCACAGUCCUAACAGAAGAUGACAGUCUUCCUUAAGCCAUAUUUGUGCCCUGUUACAUGUGUCCAAAACCAAGGUUGGACACAGGAAAAUUGACUCACCAUCAGUUCCAUCCAAUUAUUAAGCUGCUCUGGCCUCUGAUAUGUAGCACUUAUUACUACCACACAUAUAGUCAAGAAUCCUUUAGCUGUCAUAAUGGGGUCUCCCACAUGGGGACUGGUAAAAAGACUGACCUCUGAGAAAAUGUUUACACUGUAAGGGAGAUGGCCCUGUCCUUGUAGCUUUCACACGCUCAUCUAAGAUCAGCCAGUGAGGGCUACAACAGCAAAAUGACUGAGGUCAGUGUUAUGAGGGCAUAUUUUCUCAGGGCUCCAAACAGAGUGUUAGGAGAUGUUAGUUUAACAGUGUCAGCCGUGAGAAUAAAUGAUCUUAGAAUGUU